AAUUUUUGUCAGCAAAUGAAAAAAAAACAACACGAAUCCUAUGAAAGCAUACCCCUAUCGCAGGACCUAUUUUAUUCGCGUAAACUAUAAUACAAUAGUUAGUCGUAACAAUAAGCGAAUAAAGUAUUAAUUACUAAGAUGUACGAAGUGGAAGUAUCUCGAUGGAAUGCGAAGAUAAAUCCGAUUCCAAGAGAUAAUCCGAAUACAGUAGAAUAAAAGGUCACAUUCUAAACGUUCAUUUUACAAACAAUGCUUUCCUUUCAAAUCUGUAACUAUCGGGCAGUUACUAUAGCGAUACCGAAAACUGCGUAUUUAAUUGUAAUUGAACUGAAAAUUACCGAUUAGUAGCAACGUAUGUAUAUUUUUUUUGUUUGUUUUAGUUAUUAAUACGUAAAAUGCACAAGAAUUGAAUCACGUAUAUAAUAUUUUAAAGGACUAUAGCAGUUUAAUGUCUAUGUUUAAUGAGUCAAAUGUUAAAUUUUGAUAGGUUUGUACCGAUAGUUAGAGAUAAUUUCAGUGGAAGCAAACGAAAACACAAAUAAAUUGUCAAAAUAUUCCCGUCAAAAGAUUUAAAUCACUCUCAAUCUAAUUUCGUAAUUCCGUACGUAUCUACAUUUAUCAAAAAUAAUGAGAUCAUCCUUUUUUCCACGAACAAAACGUAAAGGAGAUCUUGAUUCUCGAUUGUUUUUUAUAUUAAUGCAUGGAAAAUGAAAAUUGCUCUUAAAACGAGUUAGUCAAUUUGUUUCUCUUGUUCGUUCCUUAAAAGAGUACCGUCGCAAAAUAUGAUUUUUAGUAACAUUGAUCAAAAAGCGAACGAUCUUAACGGAAAAUUAAGAAGUAGAAUUAUGGCAGUAGAGAUUUUACACUGAUAGUUUUUUUAUGCCGACAGAUCGUUAAUUCCGUUAAAGAACAAAAAAAAACAUUUAAUACAUAGAUGUCUACUGCUUAUUUAAACUUUAUUGGUUUGUAUUUGACAUCAAUAAACGAUUGUAAAAACGUUAACAUUUACAUUACUUUUAUCUUUUGCGUAAAAAUCCAUGGACAAAUUUUUAAAAUAAUAUUUAUUUUUAGUACAGUUUAGUACAAAGUCGAUAAGUUUGAAAUCGAUAAACGUGAAACAAUCGAUCGAUGUUCGAUUCCGCUAUACAUCUAAUAGCAACAUUGAUCAAACACAAAUUUUUAUAGGUUAUGCUCAUUGAUAAUGUUAUUUAGAGACUAAAAUUCCUUAAUGAAAAUGUUAAUUUGAAAUAGAAAUGUUUUUUGUUUAUUGGACAAUGUCAUGCAUGUUAAUUUACGGUUUCGAGAAGAGAAUGAUUUGAGAUAUGUAACAUUUCGGUGGAUGUCAGUGUUAUAAAAAUGAAUGGAGGUUAAGUUGUCAACGCCGAGAAGUAUACGAAAUUUCUUAAAUUCUUCAAGCGCAUGUUUUCAAUAAUAAUAAGUUGUUGGAGGAAAAUUAAAUAAAAUUUAGGGAGAAAUCGUAAACAAGAGAACAUGUUUAAGAAUACUUUUCAAAGUGGAUUUCUAUCGAUCUUAUAUAGUAUCGGUAGUAAGCCUUUGCAGAUUUGGGAUAAAAAAGUACGGAACGGACAUAUAAAACGAAUUACGGAUAACGAUAUACAAAGUUUAGUAUUGGAAAUAUUGGGUAGUAACGUUAGUACUACAUAUAUCACAUGUCCAGCAGACCCCAGAAAAACGUUGGGUAUAAAAUUGCCAUUUCUGGUGAUGAUUAUUAAGAAUUUAAAAAAAUACUUCACGUUUGAAGUCCAGGUAAUUGAUGACAAGAAUGUUCGGCGUAGAUUUCGAGCUAGUAAUUAUCAAUCUACAACUAGAGUGAAACCAUUUAUUUGUACAAUGCCAAUGAGAUUGGACGAUGGAUGGAAUCAAAUUCAAUUUAACUUAGCUGAUUUUACUAGACGUGCAUAUGGAACAAAUUAUGUGGAAACGUUAAGAGUUCAGAUUCAUGCAAAUUGUAGAAUACGAAGAGUAUAUUUUUCUGAUAGAUUAUAUUCCGAAGACGAAUUACCCGCAGAAUUUAAGUUAUUCUUGCCAAUUCAGAAUAAAGCAAAAUGUUAAAUUAGCUGAAAUUUAAUAAUACUUUACAAGAUUUUUAAACAUAAAGUAAUAAUCCAUUAUUAAUCAUAAAUUAAUCGAUUUUGUGAUACUGAUUUUCAUUUAACAUUUAUUUAAUAAAUAUAUCAUUUUUACUUUGACAAAUCUUUUUUUGCAUGUCACGAUACUAAUAGUAACACGACAAUGUUUGAGAAAAAAUGAUACUGCAUUAAUGUAUAUAUUACAUGAAAUACAUAAAAAUGAUUCCUUUCAUAGUUGUAUGCAAUUUAUAUUUACUUAAUUGUUUGUGAGCUUAACUGCUGUAUUCUGAGUAAAAUAAACCUAACAUGUAUUAAUUAAU